CUCUCUCUGACGACUGUUGGGCCGCCGCCAGGCCACGUGCUGAGGCUAUCGUUGGUCUCUUCGCCGGCGACGAGCACCCACCAGUUUAAUAUGUCAGAAGCACUUGAGAAAGAUAAGGAAAUUGGUGAAGAGGAAGAGGAGUAUGUAUUGCUAGAGUUAGACAAUUGUCUUUAUUCAGACAUAUCACCAGGUGCUCCGUUCGUACUCUCUGGUUUGGAUACAUUGAUGCCUACCUUGGUAGUAGGUGACAGUCUGAAGAUGAUUGGAGAAUAUGAAGAAACUAUUGGCACCUGCUAUCUAUUCUCUGAAAGUGAAACUGAACCAAAACCUACCAGUGAUGAGAUGACACCUUCUGAAGAAAAUACAGACAAACCAGCUAGCAGCAGUAAGGAAGCACCCUCGAAGGAGGUGAACCAUCUCGCCAGCGUUCAAAAGAUCCUCAAAUUUUGGCCAAUCAAUGCGGAGCAUUCACAGCAUCGAGCAUAUCAGCACAAGGACAGGGAAGUCUAGAGAAGAGGGGGAAAAACUGUAGCUGCUUCUUCAAUACCUCCAGUUAGCUCAUUGACCAUCCAAACGAGGUGGAUUGUAUACUUGCUGAGUUCAUCUAUAUAUCUGAGCUACUAUGUUGGUCCUUA